AUGGUCUACCCGGCCGGCCAUAGUGGCUGGAGCGUCGAGUUCAAUCUCGAGCGCGAUGGCGAUGCACGCUCAAGAGACAGAGCGUUGCAACACAGUGAUUCUAUAACGGCACACGGCGAAGCCUCUUCAAUCACGGUAACACCAGGACUGCAUUGCGGACCAGCAGGUAGGAGGACACUCAUCAAGUGGAUCGAAGACAACUACAAGCUACGCAAGAAGUCACAUCAUGCCAACCCAGGUGUGCGUGCAUGUCGGCUGUGGCAAGAAUCCCAAGGAUUCUCUGAUCCGGUUGCCAAAGCUAUAGUAGAUUUACUGAAACUUAAUGGAGUUACUGCAAAUGUCACAUACAAAGAAGUUUUCCGAAAUCAUUUGGGUAAACUACUAUCCACACUUAUCAAAAAGUCGGCGGAUGAUAAGGAUAAGCUUACGGCACUAGCAGAGAAAAUGAUCGCAAUGUUCCAAGUCACAGAAAUACAGCCGUUGCUAUGCGAUGUGCUAGACAAACUCGGAGAUAUACCGCCUUUCGCAAUGGCAAAACUACUUGGAAAUACAUCGUCUGCCACGCACUUCUUCGAUAUUGCCACCCUAGGGGUAAAACGUAAAAUACUCGCUGCGUCACCGGAAAAAUUAUAUGAAACAGUAGCGCCGCUAAUAGAAGAGGGGCUAUUCUUACUGGAUCUUGGUAUUUUAGAGGAUGACAUGAAGGAUAACCCAUUAUACAGUGGCUACCACAAUGAGUACAAAAGUAUCAUUGCAGACAUUGUAAAACUCAUAGGCCCUCCAAAAACCCAGAGCUCACGGAUCAUAUACUUUCUAGUGCAACAAAUCAUCAGAGUUAUGUUCAUGCGGAGCGUACUAACGGCGAAAUCUGCCAGCACGACGCACGAAAAAAAUAAAGACAUCAAUUAUGGGAUAUGGUUCGAAUGUAUGCCAAUUGAUGUUGUGAAAUUUAAGCUAUUACAAUCAGAAGGAGAUGAUCCAUACGCUGCAUACAAACAGUAUGCAGAAAUGGCAAUAGGGCUGGUAUACAAUCUAGAGAAGAAUGCAGAUGAAACUGUCAAAAGUGCCAGCGAAAUAAGGUGCUCAGGAAACGGAUUCUGGAACCUCAGUGCAAUAAGACACUCCCUUACAAUCGCAUACCAGGAAUUUUAUAUGGUACAACCAGCAGAAAUGCAGGAGAUUGAGCCAUUCGCUCCUGUAGUUCACCUGAUUACGAGCAUAGCCGAUGGAAGCUCUUCCAAACUCCCCAGCGAAAUGCUCUAUAAAAUUACAAAACCAAAGAAAGAACAAAAACUGCAUAUACCAAGGAUCAAAAAUGACAUGGAAUUAUUUGAUGUGGCUUUCAUGUUAAGUCACCCAAUGGUCACAAACGCCAUUGUGAACCAUACACUCCAAGUUCUCAAAGAUGCAAAUGCAGUGCUCGUAUCGACUCAUAAUGAAACAGAUGAUUGGUUAGCAUUGUUGGCACUUGGUAAGUACAGAUACUGA